AUGCUCGUCCUCGACGCCGACGCCGAGGCGAUCGCGGCGGAGGCGGCGCGAACGGCCACCGCCUCGGCGUGGGCGCGCGUCAUCCGCGAGGGCGACGACUUGGCGAUGAUCGACGCUUUGCGCGCGGUGCGAGCGAACGCCCAGGCGGACGAUGAGUGGGCGGUCGCGGUGGCGUGCUCAGGGUGCGAUCGCUCGAUCGCGCGGGCGAUGACGUCGGUGCGCGCGGACGUGGCGGAGGCGGCGAGCGAGGCGUACGCGGCGUGUGUGAAGGCGGCGCCGCUCGGGGUGGGGUUUCCGAGCUUUGGACGCGCGGCGGCGGCGAGCUUCGUCGUCGCGCGGACGGGGUCGGCGGCGGCGCCGUUGACGCUGCGAUUGCGCCUCGGUCGAGAGGAUGGGUUGACGAGGAGCGUGUCGGGGAUGGUUUGGCACAGUUCGGUGGCGUUGGGGAGGUUCCUGUCGCGCGCGGAGACGCGCGCGUGGACGCGCGCGUUCGCGGGUCGACGGUGCUUGGAAAUCGGCGGCGGGACGUCCAUCGCUGGAAUGACGUUUGCGGCGCAGUGCCCCGAUUGGGAUGUCACGCUCACCGACGUCGACGCGGCGGCGGUGGCGAACACGGCGUACAACGCGAAAAAACAAACUCAAUAUUUGGACGCGUUCGCGAGGACCGCCGCGCGAGUAUUGGACUGGGACGACGACGACGAGUUUCACGAAGAACACGCGAACUCGUUCGACGUAAUCAUCGGAGCAGACGUCGUGCACGAGGAGCACAUGGCUCCUGGCGUAGUUCGCGCGCUGAAGAGGUACCUCGCUCCUGGUGGCUGCGCCCUCAUCGUAAAUCCGGUCCCCGCGAGCCGCAGCGGAGCGCAGACGUUUCAAAACCUUUUGGAUGAAGAAUCUUGGAACGUCCAGCGAUGUUUAAUCACUAGUCCGAUAAUAUGCGUGGGGAUGGAGGAGGAAUGCGAGGAUGUGCCGCUCGAGUUGUACGUCAUCCGCGACGGCGACGCGGCUGCGCUUCCGCCUCUCGACGUUUUGAAGUAG